GUGAAAUCUCAAGGUCAAUUAAAUUUAGUUCAGUUCAUUGGCUGCUAGACAGAGACCACGUUAAGUGAGUUUGUUAGACGAUUUGAUUUUUCUCAUUUUCCGUACUAACGGCCACAACGAUGCCGCUAGGCGGAGAACUUGAGAAAGCUUUUUCUGUUUAUGAUGAUCUCAGACAAGGACCAAAAGCUGAAUAUUAUUAUAAGUUGUCCUCACUUAGUUUUAUUAUAUGCCUCACCAUUCAUCAUAUUAUCAGCCCUUGGAUAUUUAGUCGAUAUAAUGCAUCAUAUCGUAAUCUUCCUCGAGCUCAAAGGAUGGAAUGGGAUUCACGUGCAGUAUCAUCUAUACAUGCAACUAUUGUUAGUGUUCUAUGUGUAACAGCGCUAGUUACUAAUCAUGACCUGUGGAACCAUCCUAUUACGUGUGUAUCUCAUCCUGGUCUUAUUGCGUUAUCCAUUUCUAUCGGUUACUUUCUAUGUGAUGCUGUUUCUAUGCCAUUCUACUGGUGGAACAGGCAAUUGAUUAUAUUUCUUUCACAUCAUUUGGCCGCAUCAUUUGCAUUUUAUCAUGUUAUUCAAUAUCGAACUUGUGUAUUCUUCGGAGUGUAUCGGUUAACAACUGAGUUGUCUACACCAUUUGUCAAUCAAAGGUGGUUUUAUCGUACAAUUGGCUACAAACCUGAUCGUCGACGUGUUGCAUGCGUCACACUAAUAUUUGCAGUAUUCUUUAUUCUAACCCGAAAUUUAAUGAUCCUACCAUUUUGGUAUAUAUCAUUUAUAUCCUAUGGAAGUGAAGCCUAUAAAAUAUGCAUUCAAUCCUUUCCAAUGAUGACAACAAUCUUUGUUACAACAUGUGGCCUACUGGAUUGUUUAAAUAUUCACUGGGCAUUUCGAACAUGUCGUAUCGGUUCAAAGGCUAUAAAAACUCUGUCCACUGCUGAUUGGCAAAGUGAUAUUCGUAAAGCUCAAGCACGUAUACACAAACGUUUACGUAAUCUGCAUAGACGUGUUGUUGUAACAAAAGAUGAAAAGGUGAAUAAUAUUAUCACAAUGAAAUCCUCACUGACAGAUAAUCAUUUCAGUGAAACUUCAUUGAACAGUGCUACACUGAGUAGUAGUGGAUUGUCAUCAUCGAGUUAUUCAACUGAUAGUGAACAUGAAUCUGUAGGCUCAGAUGUUGGGGAAUUUCAAGUACCUAUUGUAAAUGAUGGCCAAGAGGCGGAGGAGGAGGUGGAGGGGGAUGUGCUAAAAUCAACGAAUGAAAAUACAUCUUCUCAUUGUACACAUGAUGAUAAUAAUAAUGACACUGAGUUAAUACAUCGUGUUGAUAAGCAAGAGGUUGAUUGAUUGAUUGGUUCUGCAUGUAUCCAUUGAAUGAUUCAAUUAUUUGUACACUGGAUUUACUCAUUAUUUUAAAUUAUGUCUUGUGUUUGACUUUUGCAUAAUAAUAACAAUAAUAUCAAUAAUGAUAAUGGCAAUAAAACGCAAUGAAGUGUGGACGUUCGUGUAUACAAUGAUCAUUCUUUAUUUUAUUUUUUUCAUCUUUUGACUUACUGAUUGAUCUCAUACAUUGUUGCGUCAAACUUCAGAGUACUCUACACAUAAUUCACAUGUUGUGCAAAAUGUAGUCUUCUUUUUAUAAUGAAUACACUUCAAUUAUUAGUAUUAUUACUAUUACUAUUUGUAAUCUAUCACACAGCUGUCUUAUCACCUAAUAUAUUAAGAUGUCUAUUUCAAUUCAAGAUUUUCCACCACUGAUGAGACUAUUCCUGUACAGUUUUCUACAAAGUGAACUCUUUUCUUUCUCAUGCUCCCCCUUCCUCCAAUCCGCCCACCACCACCCAACGUCACCCCUCUUUUUUUCAUUCAUCACAUUUUAUGUUGUUCUGUUGUUGUUGUUGUUUUUUUAUUGCAGCACACAAUGUCAUUUUCACUCAUUGAUUGAUUUCAUUCCCUUGAACAAAAAAAACAAACAAACAAACACAUUGAUUCCUUAUUUUAUCAUUCAAAUUUUGAAAUAUGAUUGUUUAUGUAUGUAUAGAGAGGUAAGCAGUUCUAUCUAUUCUUUUUUCUCUGUGUGUGUCAUAAAUCAAAGAACUGACUUAUUUAUUAGUAAAUACCUUGGAAAUGUGUACAGCGCGUUUUGCACACAAAAGUGUGUCAGCUCCAAAACUAGAAUGUUGUCACGUGUACUAACUGGCUAGCUAGCUAGCUAACUCAUGAUCUGAUCUCAGAAUGUGAUAUGCUUAGGGUUUUCGGCUAGGUAGAUAAAUAGAUAUCUUGCUGGACGCGUUGAUAGCUGUCAUAUAAAAAGUGCUACGAAACGUGUGUUUCUCUAAGUGAAGUCGCACAGUUAAGUGAAGAGUAACUCUAAACUAUAGCGACCCAAACGUAUGUGAUCGUCAUAAUGACCCUGAAAAAACUCUCUAUCAACCAAUCAGAUUAGUUCGAAGUAAAACCGCGUAGUUGAAGCCAAAAAGUUUUGCGGAAAUCUAAUGUAAUGUUCAAAAGAAAUUGUUAUACAGGGUAACUUUCUUGUAUGUUCUGCUCUACAUCACCCGCGAACUUAAAAAAAAGAGGGAUGACAUCCCUUUUUGGUCGGAUUCUCUGCAAUAACGUUCUGGAUAUCUGUACUGAUAGCCAUCAACAGUGGCUGCAUAUAUCUGUAAAUAUAUUACUCCUCCAAAUCGACAUGUUUUAUCCUUCCAGAUGAAUCCAUUAUCCAAACAAUACGAAAAUGCUAG